UUGGGUUUGGCCGCAGUCUUCUCCGUAACGGCUCGGGCUUUAGGCUAGCCUUUAGUUUAGGUUGGAGCACUAAGUCUUGUCUUUAUUGGUCUUUGCACGCAGGUGUUGGUCUUCUUGGGCGUCCCGAGCCACUCGCUUACCCUUCACUUCAGCCAUGUCUCUCUCAGUCUACGCCCUGAUCAGCGUUGCGCUGCUUGUCCUCGCCAGACCGAGCGAUGCGUACAACUGCGGCUCAGUGGAUUGCCCACUGCCAGGCUAUCCUGACUUGACCCAGUGUUGCUCAAGCAGCAUCUACAACACCGCCUGCUGCAACAUCAUUCUUGCCGGAUGGGCUAUCGGUGUGAUUGUGACCGGGUGCAUUCUGUCGGUCGGCGGCAUCUUCCUGUGCUGCCUGUGCUGCGCAUGCUGCCCGCUCUUCCAAUACCGUCGGGCGAGGUACUCCAACACAACCUAUGUCACAACCACCGGCUACCAGUCGGUGCCCGGCACCACCGGACCAACAACAACUAAAGUGUACAGUUAGAGUGUCGCCGUCGACCUUCCAGCAGCUUCACUUCCAGCAGCCUGCUACUACUCUCUGUCUGUAUUCUGCUUCUUUCAAGCUUCUGCACCGCUGCUUGUGCUUGGCACUGUAUAGGCUGUGAUCAUACGCUCCAGAUAUUAUGCCGAUCACUGACAUUCACUCAGUUUACCUUAUUCAACUUUUGCUGGCAGCACUCAGCUCUACCUAAGUAUGUUCUUGUGUUUUUCAAGCAACCAUGUUUGAGCCAGUGGGUCGAUUACAAUAACUUCUUACCUUUGCUAUUGAUAGAUUUUUCUUUGGAGAACGAGAAAACAGUGUAACAUGUGAUCCGAUACAUGCCCACUCGA